AACGAUCGUGAAAAUUCAUAGAAAAUAUUAACAAUAAUUGCUUACAGCUUACUGGGUUUAAAAUUGAUUGAUAUUGAUGUUAUUGAUGAUUGUUUGUUAACUUGAACUUGUUGACAUUGUGGAUUUGUGGUUUUAUAUAACUAAAUUAAAAUAAUGGCUUUGGUAACCAAUAUUAUGAAGGGCAGUUUUGGGAAACAGAUAUUUUCCAGAGCUCUAAGUGUGAGUUGUGUAAAUGCUCAAAGUACGUCAGUACAGCAAGCUGACUCUGUACCAGUGAAGAGAGGUCCUUAUUCUCCAUUUCAAAAUACCACAAAUAAGUUGGAAUAUGCUCUUGCUAGAGUAGAUGAUCUAUUGAACUGGGCUCGAAAGAAUUCUUUGUGGCCCAUGACUUUUGGACUAGCGUGCUGUGCUGUGGAAAUGAUGCACAUGGCUGCCCCUCGAUACGAUAUGGACAGAUUUGGGGUUGUUUUUAGAGCUAGUCCGAGGCAAUCAGAUGUUAUAAUUGUUGCUGGAACACUCACCAACAAAAUGGCUCCAGCAUUAAGGAAGAUUUAUGAUCAGAUGCCAGAGCCAAGAUGGGUUAUUUCAAUGGGGAGUUGUGCAAAUGGAGGCGGGUAUUACCAUUACUCCUACGCAGUUGUAAGGGGCUGUGACCGCAUUAUACCUGUUGAUAUUUAUGUGCCUGGUUGUCCACCAACUGCAGAAGCACUUCUUUAUGGUGUGUUGCAGCUUCAGAAAAAAAUCAAGAGAAUGAACCAAGUACAGAUGUGGUAUAGAAAAUAAAUUGCCAGCCAUCGGCAUUUGUAGUUUCUUGUAGUUUGUAAAUAGCUAUUAAUGGAGUGGAUGGUAACAUAACUCUCACGAAUCAUAUGUUUAAAAUAUAAAUAUUUCUGUUGAUAAAAUGGAAUUUAGUUUGUUUAAAUUGUUUCCAAAAUUCCUGUUCUCUAAUACAUUUUCUACUCCUCAAUGCAAUGUUUUAUAACUUCUAUCCUGUUCAAACAAAAGUUCAGUUUGAUUGAGUUAAUUUAGAAAAUAUCUUUUAUACUUUCUAAUAAUUUAAACUAAGUGAAUUUGUAAAGUAACCUGACUGAAACAGUUUGUUCAGUUUAAAUGAAAUAAAUUUAUUCAUAAAACAGUA